GGAGCCGGCUAGAGAGAGCGAGAGAGCGUGCAAACCCGAGCUGAAAGAUCGUGGGGAAUUGUCUGGAAUCCACAGCUCUCACACUCACUUCCCAAGGGCAGAAACUGCCCCGCAGAUCACAAGACAAAGAGAACAGGAAAGCUCAGACCAACCGCUCCAGUGCAGAAAUGUACUUUGGUAACCAGAAUUCGAUCAUGAAAUGUGCAGCUCGCACGUGGUCUAUGCCAUAGUCAAAUCAGAUGACAGAUGGACAGUGUGACAAGAGCGUCAGAAAGGAUCGGGCCUCGAAGGGAGAGUCAGCCCCGAGUCAAUGUGUUGACGAGUUGCUGAAAAGGAAGCCAGUGGGAAGACUGCGGCCACAGAGGAAGUGAGCCCUGACUUCAGUCACACCCUUGAUGGAGGACAGAUGGACGGCCGGAUGGCCAAUCACCUCUCCUCUUAAACCUUUGGAGAGUUAUCCUUUAUCCCCUGCUGGACGUGUAUUAGGAACCUUAACACACUCUCUGAAUUCACUUUCCGUAGAAACGUCAGGUUAGACUGCAGCGUGCAGCCGGCCUCAGCUGUCGCAUGGUCGCAGGUCUGCAGCCAUGAGUGCCGAGGGGUACCAGUACAGGGCGCUGUACGACUAUAAAAAGGAGCGGGAAGAAGACAUUGACUUGCACUUGGGGGACGUACUGACUGUGAAUAAAGGGUCCUUAGUAGCUCUUGGAUUCAGUGAUGGACAAGAAGCCAGGCCUGAAGAAAUCGGCUGGUUAAAUGGCUAUAACGAGACCACGGGGGAGAGGGGGGACUUUCCGGGAACUUACGUAGAAUACAUUGGAAGGAAAAAGAUCUCACCGCCCACACCAAAGCCCCGGCCACCUCGACCCCUUCCUGUUGCACCAGGUUCUUCAAAAACUGAAGCAGACAGUGAGCAACAAGCUUCGACUCUUCCAGACCUUGCAGAGCAGUUCGCCCCUCCUGACGUUGCUCCACUGCUUCUUAUCAAGCUAGUGGAAGCCAUUGAAAAGAAAGGUCUGGAAUGUCCAACUCUAUACAGAACACAGAGCUCCAGCAACCCAGCAGAAUUACGACAGCUCCUUGAUUGUGAUGCUGCCUCCGUGGACUUGGAAAUGAUCGAUGUGCACGUCUUAGCAGACGCUUUCAAACGCUAUCUCCUGGACUUACCAAAUCCUGUCAUUCCAGUAGCCAUCUACAAUGAAAUGGUUUCUUUAGCCCCAGAAGUGCAAAGCUCUGAAGAAUACAUCCAGCUGUUGAAGAAGCUCAUUAGGUCGCCCAGCAUACCUCAUCAGUAUUGGCUCACGCUGCAGUAUUUGCUAAAACAUUUCUUCAAGCUCUCUCAAACGUCCAGCAAAAAUCUUUUGAAUGCAAGAGUACUCUCUGAACUCUUCAGCCCCCUGCUUUUCAGAUUCCCAGCAGCCAGUUCUGAGAAUACUGAACACCUCAUAAAAGUUACGGAAAUUUUAAUCUCCACCGAAUGGAAUGAACGCCAGCCUGCACCAGCACUGCCUCCUAAACCACCAAAACCCACGACUGUAGCCAACAACGGUAUGAAUAACAAUAUGUCCUUACAAGAUGCUGAAUGGUACUGGGGAGAUAUUUCGAGGGAAGAAGUGAAUGAAAAACUUCGAGAUACAGCUGAUGGGACCUUUUUGGUACGAGACGCAUCUACUAAAAUGCAUGGUGAUUAUACUCUUACACUAAGGAAAGGAGGAAAUAACAAAUUAAUCAAAAUAUUUCACCGAGAUGGGAAAUAUGGCUUCUCUGACCCAUUAACCUUCAACUCUGUGGUUGAACUAAUAAACCACUACCGGAAUGAAUCUCUAGCUCAGUAUAAUCCCAAACUGGAUGUGAAAUUACUUUAUCCAGUAUCCAAAUACCAACAGGAUCAGGUUGUCAAAGAAGAUAAUAUUGAAGCUGUAGGGAAAAAAUUACAUGAAUAUAACACUCAAUUUCAAGAAAAAAGUCGGGAAUAUGAUAGAUUAUAUGAAGAUUAUACCCGUACUUCCCAGGAAAUCCAAAUGAAAAGAACAGCUAUUGAAGCAUUUAAUGAAACCAUAAAGAUAUUUGAAGAACAGUGCCAAACCCAGGAGCGGUACAGCAAAGAAUACAUAGAAAAGUUUAAACGUGAAGGCAAUGAGAAGGAAAUCCAAAGGAUUAUGCAUAAUUAUGAAAAGUUAAAGUCUCGAAUCAGUGAAAUUGUCGACAGCAGAAGGAGACUGGAGGAGGACUUGAAGAAGCAGGCUGCCGAGUAUCGUGAGAUUGACAAGCGGAUGAACAGCAUUAAACCAGACCUCAUUCAACUGAGAAAGACAAGAGACCAAUACUUGAUGUGGUUGACUCAGAAAGGUGUUCGGCAGAAGAAGCUGAACGAGUGGCUGGGCAAUGAAAACACUGAAGACCAAUAUUCGCUGGUGGAAGAUGAUGAGGAUUUGCCCCACCAUGACGAGAAGACGUGGAAUGUUGGAAGCAGCAACCGAAACAAAGCCGAAAACCUGUUGCGAGGGAAACGAGAUGGCACUUUUCUUGUCCGGGAAAGCAGUAAACAGGGCUGCUACGCGUGCUCCGUAGUGGUGGACGGUGAGGUCAAGCACUGCGUCAUCAACAAGACGGCCACGGGCUACGGCUUCGCCGAGCCCUACAACCUGUACAGCUCCCUGAAGGAACUGGUGCUCCACUACCAACACACGUCCCUCGUGCAGCACAACGACUCCCUCAACGUCACACUAGCCUACCCGGUGUACGCGCAGCAGCGGCGAUGAAGGGCCGCCCUCCCGCCUGCUCCUCACCUUCAGCUCCCCGAGGCCUCCAGCAAGCACAGGGCUCCCCUGCAGCCUGAGCUGGGAACUGAGCUGCGGACACCCAGCCGCCUGUCUUCAGAUGUGACUCGAGCUUUCGGUCACACGGCAGUAGGGGAAGACACAUGCGCGGCGGGCUCGCAGUAGGCGACGACCACCACCAUUCCUCGUCUGGAGUGCUUAAUUAGCCUUCCUUUCUUUCCUCUUUCUUUCUUUUUGGUUUUGUUUUUUGGAUUAAUUUAAAGAAGAAGUCACAACCACACACGACACCAAGAGAAAAAGAAAUGCAAAAAUCUCUGCGUGCAGGGACAAAGAGGCCUUUAACCAUGGUGCUUGUUCGUGCUUUCAGAAGCUUUACCAGCUCAAGAGUUGGGACCUUGGAGACCAGAGCGGGGACGGGCUGACGAGCCCUGGCCUGGGGUCGCUCGGUCCAGCCUGGGUGCUGCCGUGCACGGUGGCCCCAGACACAUCGCACUGUGGAUUCUUUCAUUUUCUAACGAAAUGAACCGAUAUGUAGCAGAAAGGCACUUCCGCGCACAGGGGACACUUUGGGGAACGUCCGCGCGUGUACGUUCAGAGGAAAUUCUGUUGUUGCAAAGUGCCAGAAAGUGUUUCGUUAAAACUCUACAAACCAAGAAAACCCACCAACAGGAAAAAUGGAGCUUGGAAAAUAGGACUUCAAAAUGACAUUUAGUAUAUAAAAUAUGUACAUAAUAUUGAAUGACUGACUAACUAUCAAAUAGAUGGAUUUGUAUCAAUACCAAAUAGCUUCUGUUUUGUUGUGCUGAAGGCUAAAUUCACAGUGCUAUGCAAUUCUUAAUUUUCAUCAUUGUUACCUGUUUUAAACGUACCUUCAGAAUAAGCUUCCCCUGCCCCAAUUUUUGUUGCUUGAAAAUACUGUCCCGAUUUUUUUUGUUAAUAUUCAUUUUGUUACUCGUUACCUUUUUUUUUUU